CUGCCACCACCUCACACUCACCUCCAGCCCUCACGCCUCCAGCCCUCACCCCUCCAGCCUUCGCACUCACCAGUCUUCACUCUUGCCUCGCUUCGCUCGGCAUGCUCACCGUGGCCACCGACGACGACACGUUCCAGCUCGACGUCGAGCCCGGCACCACGCUCGAGCUGCUCGCCGGCGUGCUCGAGGCCGAGACGGGCGUGCCGCGCCGGCCGGCCGCAGCGGCGCCUGCUCGGGGUGCGCAGCAGGGUGGCGCGCCGUCCGCCUCGGACCAGGCAGAGAUGCUGCGCCAGCAGAUCAUUGCGGAUCCCCAGCUCAUGGCACAGCUGCGCUCGGCACGGCCGCAGCUGGCCGAGGCGGUGCACGGCCCGCCAGAGCGCUUCCUCGAGCUGCUCAACGCCGAGCGGCAGGCCGCAGACGCCGCCACGCUCGCGCGACAGCGCGCCGAGAUGGAGCUCGCGGCCGCCGACGAGUUCGACAUCGACGCGCAGCGCCGCAUCGAGGAGGCGAUCCGGCAGGAGCGCGUCAUGGAGAAUCUCGAGAGCGCCAUGGAGUACAACCCCGAGGCCUUCGGCACCGUCACGAUGCUGUAUGUCGACUCGGAGGUCAACGGCGUCAAGGCAAGCCACAAUCAUGAGCCCGGACUGUGCAGAGCGCUGCGGCAUCAUGCGGCUCAUCGACACGCGCUUUGCGGGCAUCGCGCGCGGCGUGGGCACGGCCAAGAUCCUCGGCCGCAUCCACCAAGCUCAGGUGCGUGCUCUCCCGCGCGGCACGGCGCAAUUGCUGAUUCUUGGCACAGCUCAAGCUCGGCGACGAGCUCUUCAUCUCCGUCGCCAUCACCGGGCGUCGACUUUCUGUUCGGCCUCGACCAGCUGAAGCGCCACCAAAUGUCGAUUGACCUGGCGCAGAACGCGCUCAUCUGCGACGGGCGCAAGAUUCGCUUCCUGAGCGAGCACGAGCUGCCCGCCAGCGCCACCUUCGGCGAAGAGGACGCAGCCGCCACGUCGAGCGGCGCAGCAGCUCCUGCGGCCGCAGCAGCGGCUGGUAGCUCGGCGGCGGCGCCCGCGAGCUCGUCCGCUGCUGCGUUAGCGCCGCGAGCACAGGCGCCGCCCGCACCCGCAGCGCCAGCACCUCCGUCCGCACCGGCUCCAGCAGCGGGCUCGCGCUGGCCUGCAGAGUCGGUCCAGCAGCUGCGGGACCUGGGCGCGACAGAGAGCCAGGCGAUCGCCAUGCUCGAUGCCGCAGGCGGCAACGUGGACGCCGCGGCGUCGUUCCUAUUCCAAUAGCCGAGCCAAUGCUAUGCGUGCAGAAUGCGGCCCUCGGCGUCGAAGCGCUCCAGCUCGCGCGGCGUGACGAGCCAGCCUGCAAACGGCGCAUCUGACAGCAGCGGCGGUGG